CGGCACGCGAGAUUACCCGGCGCAUGCGUGCUGUGCACGAUGAGUCCCGGAGAGGUGCUGGUACUUAGUACCCUUGAGUACCGGCAGAAGAAAACUCUUGUUUUGGUGACUUUUCAUGCCUAGCUCUCCGGCCUCCAUUUUCCCGUGGCCCUUAUGAGCUACUGCUUGGAGUUUCCAUCCCCCUGCGGGACGGGAAGGUUAACCCCGAGCUUUCCGAUCUAGCUAGAGUUGAACUAUCAUGCAACUUAGCUGAGGUAAGGACUAUCCCCGAGGAACCCAAUGAGUGGAACACAGUCUGCGGCCUCGGACAGGUUUUAUGGAAGAAAACCAACCAGGCAUGGGAGCAUUCUGAGCAGUGACGUAUCGGCUGACAGGAGGCAGAAGGUGGAGCGGAGCGUCAGCUCGACCCACGACUUCUUAUCUCAUGAUUUUGAUGCUACAGAGAGUUCGUCCAGGAAGACAAAGUCUACUUGGGAUGAGAGUAGACAGGAGACCUAUGGUUUAGUUCAGCGCUGUGUGAUCAUCCAGAGAGACGAGAAUGGCUUUGGGCUGACGGUCAGCGGUGAUAACCCUGUGUUUGUUCAGUCGGUGAAGGAAGAUGGAGCGGCCAUGCGGGCUGGGGUGCAGACGGGAGAUCGCAUCAUUAAGGUUAAUGGGACCCUGGUCACACACUCCAAUCAUCUUGAAGUUGUAAAGCUUAUUAAGUCCGGCUCCUACGUGGCUCUUACAGUACAAGGUCGGCCUCCCGGAUCCCCACACAUCCCUUUAUCUGAGAGCGAUCCAUUCUCUCCUUUGCACAUGUCUCCACUGAAUCAUGGACACGGGCCCUUAGAAAGAAUAACUAGCCCCGUAUUAGUGGGGGAGGAGAACAAUAUCAUGCACAACCAGAAAUUAGACAUCCUGAAGAAGAUGCUGCAGAAGGAGAAAGAACAGUUACAGUCUUCCCAGGAGGAGUACAGCAGCUCGCCAUCCACUCGGCUCUUUAAGGAAAUCCAAGACACCAAGAAACACAUACACCAGCUGCAAGAACAACUAUGUAAAACCAAAUCUCCUACACAGAUAAAUGAGCUGGACACUUACUCCUCCGACCAAGAGCGCUCUGAUUACAUCAUUGGAGAUGGAUCGCGUCCAAGCAGUAAUGUUACAGACAGUCCAUGCAGCGGACAAAGAGAGAAGAGUUUUCUGGAAGAGAGCCCCGAAAAGAGCGAAUAUCUGGAUACAGACUCUCAGUCCAGCAUGGGAAGCCCCUCUGCUCGCUUUGCACAAAGUAUUAUUGGCGCUGAGGAUGAAGACUUUGAUGCUGAUCCAGAGCAGCAGGUGGCUGACCAGUGUAGCUGCUUCCAAAGUAUGGACCUCUUGAAGUCUCACCCUGCCCACCUCGCAGUUUUCUUAUUCUAUGUAGUUUCCCAGUUUGACCCUGCACCUUUGCUCUGCUACUUAUAUGGAGACCUCUAUCAGCAAACCAACCCAAAGGAGACCCGGAGAGUAUUUCUUGAAUUCUAUCAGUGCUUCCUAGAGCGGACAGCGCACCUUCGAGUUUCUGUUCCAGAAGACCUUGCCGUUGAACUAGAAAAAAGGCGUCCAGAAUUCAUACCAGAAGAAUUACUCCGGCAGUAUGUCCACACCAUGGUGGAGAAGAUGUGUCCUGACGUCCAGAAACUUUUAGAGGACUUCAGGCAAAAGCGCAACAUGGGUUUAACCUUGGCGGAAAGUGAGUUGGCCAAACUGGAUGCAGAACGGGCGCGAGAACGCAACACCCUGGAGAAAGAGAGGCUCUGCGCGGAGCCAAUAUUACAGAAAAUUGAGGAGGUUUUAAUGUCAUCGCAGCCCCCUGAAGAUGAAAAAUUCGGCACUAUACAGUACGUUAUCCUGACCUACAUGAAGCACCUUGGCGUGAAAGUGAAAGAGCCGAGACUCCUGGAGCAGAGACGCGGACGUAUUGGAUUCCUACCAAAAAUUAAGCAAAGCAUGAAGAAGGAUAAAGAAGGAGAGGAAAAGUGGAAGCGGCGAGGGCUGUCCAGCAUCUUAGGUCCUCCACGACGACCAAGCCGGCAAGACAGUAAUGCAAUUUCAAGAGCCUUGCAAAUGCAGAAACACCCGAAGCACUUAUCAACCUCAUCAUCCAGCAGCCCUGAGCCGGCAGAGAGCAGACUGCGUUUUAGCGGUGGCUCUGUGGAUGGGCAUGAUUCUUCCUUCAGUCCUUUUUCUCCUCCUCCUAAUACUGCCUCAGCUUACAGCUCCCCAGAUGGUACUCGGGAUUCAGAGGGCGGCAUGAAAUUCAGUGCGGACGGGUCUCAUUCCACUGACUCUUGUGAUGGAAGUUCACGGACUUCCGGUUCCCUCUUUGACUUCCCGUCUUCUCCACUGGACCUUCUGCAGGAAGAAGUGAAAGACUCUGAUCGAUUCAGUGACCAUGGCACCCCCAAACUUUCACGAAAAUUGGACAGCUUGGGCCUUGGAGACACUCAGAGUGAAGAUGAACUCCAUGAUCUAGACCUGGAGAUGGAUCCUCCCAACUGGCAGCAGCUGGUCAGCAGAGAUAUUUUACAGGGACUAAAACCACACGAGAUCAAACAGCAAGAGGUCAUACAUGAGCUGUUCUAUACGGAGACGGCACACGUCCGCACACUUAAUGUACUCAACCAAGUCUUCCACCAAAGAGUCAUUCGAGAAAGCCUCUUAACGCCCGCUGAAACGCGUAGUGUGUUUUCCAAUCUGGAGGAGAUCUUAGAGCUUCACGUUGGGCUUAAGGAGCAGAUGAAAGCCGUCAAAAAACGUUAUGAGAACUCUGUCAUUAAACAGAUCGGCGAUGACGUUUUAAGCUGGUUUUGUGGACCCGAGGAGGAAAAACUAAAGCAAGCAGUAGCCACUUUUUGUAGCAAUCAACCCUUCGCCUUGGAGAUGAUAAAGUCCCGGCAGAAGAAGGACAUAAAGUUCUUAACAUUUGUUCAGGAUGCUGAGAGUAAUCCGCUGUGCAGGCGCUUGCAGCUGAAGGACAUUAUUCCGACGGAGAUGCAGAGGCUGACCAAAUAUCCUCUUCUGCUGGAUAACAUCGCCAAGUACUCAGACCAACCAGAAGAGAAGCUGAAGGUAAAGAACGCUGCCGACCACUGCCGGAGGAUCCUGAAUCAUGUCAACCAGGCCGUCAGAGAAGCGGAGAACAAGCAGAGACUUGAAGACUACCAGCGAAGGCUUGACCUGUCUAACCUGAAACCAGGGGAGUAUCCGAUGAUCGAUGAGCUAAGGAAUCUGGAUUUAACAAAGAGGAAGAUGGUUCAUGAAGGGCCUUUGGCUUGGAAGGUGAAUAGAGACAAGAUCAUUGAUCUGUACACACUGCUGCUGGAAGACAUUCUGGUGCUGCUUCAGAGACAGGAUGACAAAUUGAUCCUCAGAUGCUACAGUAAGAUCCUGGCCACCACGUCCGACGGAAAACACAUAUUCAGCCCCGUCAUCAAGCUAAACACGGUGCUGGUCCGACAAGUAGCGACAGACAACAAGGCCUUCUUUGUUAUAUCCAUGUCGGACAACGGAGCACAGAUCUAUGAGCUGAUCGCAAACACAGUGUCCGAGAAAAAUGUUUGGCAUGACUUGAUUACAAGAAUAGCUGCUGCCUCGAAAGUGGAGGAUCCCAGACCAGCAAUUCCACUACAGGUCACCCCAGGGAUUACUAAUGAAGAGGAACAUGAAGAUGAUGAGAAGCAGAAAGUGGAGGAUAAAGGAGAAGAUCUGACAGAGACUAGCUCAGACAAGGAUCCAAGCCCUGAAGCUUCGGCACUGUCCCAUGGAGGCGGGGACGGCAUCGCACAACCGGUGCAGAGCAAUCUGCUGCCACCGGGAUCUACCAGUCCUAGCCAUGUGUCCUAUUGCACCGCUGCGGAGCACACAUGGGCACAGGAUGCACUCAGAAACUUGGAACUACUCCGAGAAUUACUAAUGCAGCAGGUCAAGCUCCUUCAGAAAGAAGAAGCCGAGAACUUCCAGCGUUUCUGCAGUCGGCGCACCCAGCAGAUAACGGAGAGCGAGAGACAGUCAAGAGCUUCGGGACACAACCACCAGAGGAAACGAAUCGGAAAGGCUUGUGCCAAUAAACAAUCACUCUUACAGCAAAAGACUGAAAAAAGAAACUCCGAUCAUGGUAGCGUAGGCUCAGAAGAGGCCCCGGAAGAUGGCGGAGAGCAGUUUUUUGAUGCUCAUGAACCUCAAAUCGAUGAACAGUCAAAGAACUACACUAAAGAUUCAGAAGAAGUCCAGUAUCAGAUAUUGGGGAGAUACCUGAUUCUGGAGGGCUAUGGGAACAUGCAGGAGAGCUCCACAGAUGAAGACUUUGUUUACUCUGAGUCCUCUAAUCAAAGCACAUAUUCAGAGCAACAAGCAGGAUCCUCGUAUGCAGCAGACAGGCUGAACCCCCCUGUCGGCGGGCACCUUGAGCCCACGCCACCUUCAGACAUGUUCAAACAGAUGCUGCUUUAUAUUGAGAAAAUUGAAACUGACUUGCAACAGCUCAAGGGACUUGAAAACUGUUAUAGUGCACUCCGGAAUAAGCUGGCAGCAUCAGGCCUCUUGGAAGAAGAACCAGAUAUCAAGAUGCUCCCUACUGACAAGGGUUGAGAAUAAAGCUGUCUGAGCUCUGGUCCGGGAGAUUUCAGCUCACCGGAGGGAUCUGCCUGCAGCCCACCAACAAUCCCACAAUCUCUUCUAGACCUUGGGCAACACCCUGCAGACCUUCCCCUCGAUCCUCCAGCACACAACAUACACCUCACUUGUAGGCUAGACGUAACGAUUUGAGAGCAGGUCAAGAAAAAGUCCUAAAGCAACGUGACUGCAGCCGCUUUGUAACCUGGAUGACGUUGCGGUGCAUGAGAUGUAACCAGUUGCAAUCAGACUGAUGGGUACAUAGGAUGUGAUAAGAAAAAAAAAAGGCAAUAUGUGUUCGUUACCUGUUCGUUGCGAGCGUGUUUGUGCCAUGAAAAAUAUCUCUAUGAGAAGAAAAAAAGGAAACCGAUCAUUGUCAUACAUAAAUGAUGGGCAAACACCAGAUGGUGUGUCUGCUCAUAUUCCAGAAACAUGAGUGCAGGUUGCCAAAAACACUACUGAGCUAGCACCCUGGAGGCAGGCACCAGUAAAGCAAAUAAUAUUUAGGGCCAGUAAUAAGGUUGCCUGCGUUGCCUGCCUCCGUAUUUGCACUGACAGUGCUAAGAUCUUUAUUAGCUGAGGUUCUCCCUCGUCUCCGUUCUCCCUUGUCCUCCGUAUGUCUUCCAAUCCCUGAGCUUGAAGAAAGGACCAGAGCUUCAGUCUCCUGCCAAGUUUCCCAGCUACACUGCCACCUUAACGAGACUGCCAGAAUGCUCCUCUGAAGGCUGUCCUAAAGAACUUCCUGCAUGACCAGAGCCCCUCGGAGAGGGGGAAGAAGAGUGUAUCAGUCCGCAGUAAAGCAUGCUCCAUGCCGAUCAUCGCCGCCAAUCAGUGUUGCCAAUUUCUGACCGAUUGUUGCUGCUCUACACAAGACGUCCCUGCAGAAGAGCGUCUGUUAACCGGACUCUUGUAUUCCAUGUAGACAAUCGCCCAUAUCUGAUGCUCGCAUGAAGAUGCAGCAUGUUCAGACAGUAUAUGUAUAUGUGCAAGACUGCAAUCACUACUUCAUUUUUUUGUAUUUGGACAGAUUAGCACCAGCUGAAAUGAACAAAGUUUCCAUGUAUUAUUUUCUAGGCACUGAGAUCUCCACCAGCCUCUUUACUCUGUGUUACUAGCCAAUGAACCCAGGCCCGUAUUCUACUAGCGCAGGUCAUGGGUGUGACCGAGUACCAUGUAGUUUAAGCUUAACGUGCCCGAUAUUUCUCCCAUGCCAAUAUUGCUGGAUUAGGAGAUCAGGAAGCAAUCUAGGGACGCGCCUUUGCACUUUUAGGACAGGUUAUUCACGGCUUUACUCGGCUGUGUUUCCCCUUAAAGGGAGUUUUCUGCAUCCUUUUUUCUUGUAUGUAUAUGUAUUUAAAGAAAAUCUUCCAGAUAUAUUCCUAUUGUACAUGAGAAGUGUACUCUUAACAUUUGGCUUAAGACAAGAUGUGGGAGUAUUUUUUUGUUUUUGCGUAAGGCCAUAUUAACAUUCAUACUCUGUGUUUUUAAUUAUUGUGGAUGGGUGUCUAAACUAUAUAAUUAUCCAAAUGUAUGUUUGUGACAUAGUUAUUUUAUGAAUUAUAGCGGAUAAAGUUGUAUGAUUCUGGAAUGCAAUGUCUCUUGGAGAGGAAUGCAUUAAAAUGCGGGGGCGGGAGACGGGGAAGUUCAGUAAUAUUCUGAUAUUAAACGAGCUUAUGGA